CACAGUGCCUAGCACAGAGUAAAGGUUGGCCAAAUGCUGUGAUUAGUGAAUGAAUGAAUGAAUGAAUGAAAAAGGAAGGAAGGAAAAAGGAGGGAAGGAGGAAAGCAGGAAGGAAAGAGAGAAGGAAGAAAGAAGAGAGGGAAGGAGGGAGAAAGGAAGACACAGUAGAAAAAAGAAAGGGCCCAGAGUGAAGUUCUCAGACUUGGCCAGCUGGUGGCAUCACCUCUACAUACCACACUGGGUGUCCGUAGUCUCGGACUGAGGGAAAGGAUUUAGAUUAGAAAUGAAUAAAGGUAAAGAAAGAAAUGAUCAGAGGACCAGAUAUUUCAAAUGGAUAACAGAACCCUGGAAUUCUGACCACGCUUCUUUGCUCCAAGCCAGGAGGAAAUUAAUGCAUUAAGCAGCCAUCUUCACUGCAGGAUUGGCAAGGUGACCUGGAUAGGUGGAAGAGUAAAUGUGGCCAGUGCAUGAGGCCAGGAGGUAGCCCGUGGGACUCACCUAAACCUGGGCUGGGUACGCCCCUUCUGCCACCCCCAUCACACCCAAACAUCCUGGUACCCAGCCUGGAUCUCUUUGCUUCUCUGUGUCUUCUAUAGGGUUCGCCAAAGCCACUGUGAUUUAUUGUCCCGAAGGGCUUACCUCCUACCCCAGCCCGCCAAGGGAGCGGAACGCCCAACAUCUUAAUGAGUCGGCAGAGGACAGGAAGGUGCCGAAUGUCUUGGAACGCUUGAAAAAGCCUCCCUCUCCUGCCCGCCACCUUCACGGCGAAUCCGGCAAAGGACAGGGAUGUGGGCCCGAGAGGGAGGGCCCAGUGGAGCCUGUUUCCCAGCUAGAGCUGAGAUCACGAGGAGACGGGAUGAGGCGUGAGGAGGGCAUAUCUCGGGGUCCACAGCUCUGAAAUGGGGUUUGGGGACUGGAGAAGAGAGCGAGGGGUACCCUUGACCUCUGACUCCGUGGUCUAGAGCAGGAAAGGCUGAAAAGGCGGGGGAGUGAUGGAGUCGCCAGGCUACUUAACACUUGGCAGGCCUGGUCCACUCAGGUCCCCGGCCUGGUUCCUAGUAGGGAGGGGACAGGAAGCUGCAACUUCCUCCCCCCCACUUCCCUCCCUGCCCUUAGCCUCAAGGCCAAUUGCUAUUGCAAUAAAUUCCAACCUGUGUUUGAGUUGGCACUGUUCCCCGGGCUUGGUGAUAAGUGCUUGGUACUCUGCUCCCUUCUGCCACAAACACCCCGAACUUUUCCUUUGAAAUGGAAAUCGUUCGUGCAAACAGCAACAUUCAAAGAGCUUUUUCACAUGUAUUAUCUGAUUUCAUCACACCAGUCUAGUGAAGCAGAGAUAUUAUUUGAAAAUUUUAAGCAAGGAAACAGGCUCAAGGGAGUAAAGUUAUUCACUGAAAGUCACACAGCAAGUGAGCAGGUCUGGGACUCUAGAAUCUCUGCUCUUUCUCCCUCUGCCACAUAGAGCCCUUCACACGCAAACACACGCACGCACGCGCACACGCACACGCACGCACACUCUCUUAUCCCGAUGUGUGGGCCCUGCCUCACCCUGCCCCACCCACCACCGGUGAAGACCCACAGGGAACGAGAGAACUGUCCCAUCCACACCCCGCCCUCGGAGGUGUGGGUGUGGGCUGGGGCUGCCGGCGGCCAGAGGCCCCUAGAGAAGCACUCAGGUCUGGAGCCUCCCGCUGAGAGGCACAGGUGGCUCCCGCCAGUCUGGCCCUGGCUGGCCCCGCUGCCCAGCACCUCGGACCUCUGAUGCCCUGCGAUGCCCACGCCCAAUGCCUCCACCCUGCUGCCCACGUUCUGGGUCAAUGCCUCCGCAGGUGGAGUGUUGAGUGCGGAUGAGGCCGGGACGCCCGUCGAGUUCCUGGCCCUGAGGGUGGUGGUGGCCCUGGCCUACGGGCUGGUGGGGGCCGGUGGCCUGCUGGGGAACGUGGCCGUGCUGUGGGUGCUGGGGCGCUGUGCUCGGCGAGCCCCCUGCCCACCGGCCGACACGUUUGUCUUCAACCUGGCACUGGCGGACCUGGGCCUGGCGCUCACGCUCCCCUUCUGGGCGGCUGAGUCCGCCUUGGACUUCCACUGGCCCUUCGGAGCUGCCCUCUGCAAGGCGGUCCUGACGACCACCGUCCUCAACGUCUAUGCCAGCAUCUUCCUCAUCACGGCGCUGAGUGUCGCCCGGUACUGGAUGGUGGCCACGGCCACCGGGCCGGGCACCCACCUCUCACUCUUCUGGGCCCGCACGGCAACACUGGCGGUGUGGGCGGCAGCCGCGCUGGCGACGGUGCCCACAGCCAUCUUUGGGGCCGAGGGGGAGGUGUGGGGCGUGCGCCUGUGCCUCCUGCGCUUCCCCAGCAGGUACUGGCUGGGGGCCUACCAGCUGCAGAGGGUGGUGCUGGCCUUCAUCGUGCCCCUGGGCGUCAUCAGCACCAGCUACCUGCUGCUCCUGGCCUUCCUGCGGCGGCGGCGGUGGAGACGGCCGGACAGCAGGCUGGUGGCCCGCUCAGUCCGCAUCCUGGUGGCCUCCUUCUUCCUCUGCUGGUUCCCCAACCACGUGGUCACGCUCUGGGAGGUCCUGGUGAAGUUCGACCUGGCGCCCUGGAGCAGCACCUUCUACGCCGUCCAUACCUACGUCUCCCCCGUCACCACCUGCCUGGCGCACAGCAACAGCUGCCUGAACCCGGUGCUGUACUGCCUCCUGCGGCGGGAGCCCAGGCGGGCCCUCGCGGACACCUUCAGGGACCUACGGGCGUGGCUGUGGCCCCCGGGCCGCGGCUGGGUGGAACAGGUCACCCUGAAGGAGGUGGGCAGGGGGCAGGCGGACGGCGCCCCCCAGGAGAGAGGCCCUUCUGCCAUGCUUGCCGACUCAGACACAGGGCCCCCUGGGUGACAGUGCAAGCCGAACAGCCGCCUCUCUCCGGGGCCCGCCACGGCGGUGAGGGGGGAGGGGGAGGCCAGGCCCUGACGCCCUCGGCAAAGUCCGAUCUUUGAUCUCGCCCUGGGUGCGGUGGAAUGGGGGAGGCCGGGCCCAGGGCGGC